CUGAGAGAGUUGGAAGCUGCGAGACGAUGCGCCAGUCCAAGGACAAUGCGAGAUCGUGACGAGGAGAUGAACGUGCCUUGCCGGUACCGCCGUCGCCGACGAGGACGAGCUUGAAGGUGGGAACUUCAGCCAUUGUUGUGAAUGUCGGUUUAUUGUGAAGUAAAGCGACAACUGCAGGAUCAGAGUUAGAUUUUGACAAAGACCAGAUUGAUGGAAGCUAGCGGCGAGACUGACAGGUUGGGUUGGUGCGGGAGAUGGACAAGAGGAUGUUGUUGGCGAAGGAGAGCGUCAAGAGUGUUUUUCGAGAAGGGCCGUGCACGGCCUUCCUGCCUUCUCACAAGUGAAGCUUGGCAUCGGAUUUCCUUCGUUGGGUCGCGGCUUCCCAGACAACACAACAAACACAUCGAUCACACUUCAUCGACACGCACCGAUUUAGCCCUUCUUUCACACCGGCUCGCUUGUCUUGCCUGCUUUGUGUCUAUAACAUCACCCAGCCCAUACUUUCACCACCGCAUGCUGUCUUGCUUACAUAUUCUCAAAAUCCUGAUAGGCAGAUACUGCACUGUGAUGCCAGUGUUGUGAUGUUGUAGAAAAGUGUGCACGGUUCGAUUUCUAAGCAUUAGGCUGUAAUGCCGGAUUUAUGCCAGCCUAUACCGUUUUUCUUGAAUCGAACUCAACGCUAUGGA